CGUCCGCACAAGUCCUUUCCGGUGCUCCCGGGUGAGCCCGAGGACUCGCGUCCAAGGUUCCGCGAGCCAAUGCCGGGGCCGUAGACCGUGUUCACUGCGUUUGCGCAAUCCCUUUACGUGCCCGCCCUCGCCGCGCCGCAAGCCCGCGGCACCUACGAUUGGACGGGAGGAAGGCGGGCUGCCACGCUGGUGCCCCCACUUCCGGCCCGGGAGCAAUUAAUUUGUGGUCUUUCCCAAAGGUGGAUGGAGAGGCGAGCGAUUUCGGCCGCUGUCGCUACUGCUGCCCUCCCCUCCACUCAGCGCUGCUCUGGGGUUUGGCGCCUGGGUCACCGGGGACGUCCCUCGGGCAGGGCCCUCGGCCCCUGCCAUGGAUGAAGGCAGUUCCCGCAUCCGCCGGCGGGUGUCUGUCCGCAAAAGGAACCGUCCCAGCCUAGAGAUCCUUCUUCCCGCCCCCACCGCGGACGAGCUCAAGCCGGGCGAUGACGAGAAGGCGGAGGAGGAGGAGGAGGAGGAGAUGGGGGCUGGAAGCCCGCGACGGAAAACUGUGGGCGUACAACCGGUCGAGAAUAAUGAAAGUGAAGAGGACAUGUUUGGUGACUAUGAUAGCUUUGCUGAAAAUUCUCUUAUAGCUCAAGUUGAUGACCUGGAACAAAAAUAUAUGCAACUUCCUGAAAAUAAGAAGCAUGAUACAGACCUUGCCACCGAAGAUCUUUGUUCAGAAAACAUCAGACAUAACCAACUCAGCAUUACUACUAUAGGCAGCUUUACUGAAUUAAUAACAGAUGAGCACACAAAAAAUCAGAGUGGGCAUGAAGAUAUCUCUAUUGAACCUGGAGCUGAUCUUUUGUAUGAAUUGCCUUCUUCACAGGUUUUAUACUUUGAAAAUUUGCAGAACUCUUCAAAUGAAUUGGGCAAUCAGUCUACUAAAGAGAGGGAUUGGAACUCAUCCUCUCACAAGACUGUGAGUGAGGAAUUGCCCCAAAAUAGCAUAGAGCAACCCCAACAAAAUGAUGAAUUCUCUUCUAAAGUCAGAACUAGUUCAGAUGUGAAUAGGAGAAAAAGUCUUAAAGAUCAUCUAAAAAGUGCCAUGACUGUCAAUGCAAAGGCCCAAAUGCCAAUAUUUUCUAGGACUAAACAGCUCAAGGAGACUCACCUGUCCGAAGAAAUUAAUGUUGCUAAGAAAGCAAUUGAGUCAUCAUCAGAUGAUGUUGGUCCCUUUUAUUCAUUACCCAGCAAAGUGAGAGACCUUUAUGUUCAGUUCAAAGGAAUUGAAAAAUUAUAUGAAUGGCAACAUACUUGCUUAACCUUGACUUCUGUGCAAGAAAGAAAAAAUUUAAUAUAUUCCUUGCCAACUAGUGGUGGAAAAACCCUUGUGGCUGAGAUUUUAAUGCUACAAGAACUGCUUUGCCGGCGCAAAGACGUUUUAAUGAUCCUACCAUAUGUGGCAAUUGUCCAAGAAAAGAUUUCAGGUUUGUCAAGCUUUGGUAUAGAACUGGGUUUCUUUGUUGAAGAAUAUGCCGGAAGCAAAGGAAAAUUUCCUCCAAUUAAAAGAAGGGAAAAGAAAUCACUAUACAUUGCCACUAUUGAAAAAGGACAUGGUCUGGUCAACUCCUUGAUUGAAACUGGAAGGAUUAGCAGUCUGGGUCUGGUUGUUGUAGAUGAGUUGCACAUGAUUGCUGAAGGAAGCCGUGGGGCUAUACUGGAAAUGACCCUAGCAAAAAUCCUCUACACUAGUAAAACAACUCAAAUUAUUGGUAUGAGUGCAACUUUGAACAAUGUUGAAGACCUGCAAGAAUUCCUUCAAGCAGAAUAUUACACCAGUCAGUUCAGGCCAGUUGAAUUAAAAGAAUAUCUGAAAAUAAAUGAUUCAAUAUAUGAGGUUGACAGCAAAGCUGAAAAUGGCAUGACUUUUUCACGUCUCCUUAAUUAUAAGUAUUCUGAUGCUCUGAAAAAGAUGGAUCCUGAUCACUUGGUAGCAUUGGUGACAGAAGUUAUUCCCAAUAAUUCCUGCUUAGUUUUUUGUCCCACUAAGAAGAACUGUGAAAAUGUAGCAGAAAUGAUAUGCAAAUUUUUAAGCAAGGACUAUCUGAAACACAGGGAAAAAGAAAAACAGGAGGUAAUUAAGAACUUGAAGAGUAUCAGCAGUGGCAACUUGUGUCCUGUUUUAAAGCGCACUAUCCCAUUAGGAGUUGCUUAUCACCAUAGUGGUUUAAUGAGUGAUGAAAGGAAACUCUUGGAGGAAGCUUAUUCCACAGGAGUUCUCUGCCUUUUGACCUGCACAUCCACCCUAGCAGCAGGUGUUAACCUACCAGCUCGAAGAGUUAUUUUGAGAGCCCCCUAUGUUGCUAAGGAAUUUUUAAAGAGAAGUCAAUAUAAACAGAUGAUUGGCAGAGCUGGCCGUGCUGGAAUAGAUUCUGUUGGGGAGAGUAUCCUUAUAUUGCAAGAAAAAGACAAGCAACAGGCAUUGGAGUUAAUAAGCAGACCAUUGGAAAACUGUUACAGCCAUCUUGUUCAAGAAUUCACCAAGGGAAUCCAAACGUUGUUUCUCUCAUUGAUUGGUUUGAAGAUUGCAACACAUCUUGGUGACAUAUAUCACUUUAUGAGUGGUACCCUUUUUGGUGUUCAGCAAAAGAUUUUGUUGAAAGAAAAAAGUCUCUUGGAAAUAACUGUUGAAUCACUUAGAUACCUGACAGAAAAAGGACUCCUACAAAAAGAUACCAUUUUGACAGAAAACGUACUUACACAAAAAGAUGCUUGUUAUAAGUCCGAAGAAUGGUUCCAGUAUAGUUUUCAUAUCACAAAGUUGGGACGAGCUUCUUUUAAAGGAACUAUAGAUUUGGCUUAUUGUGACAUUCUCUACAGAGAUUUGCAGAAAGGUCUUGAAGGCCUUGUGCUUGAAAGCCUUCUUCAUCUAAUUUACCUAACCACUCCCUACGAUAUGGCUUCUCAGCGUGACCCUGAUUGGAUGAUAUACUUCAAACAGUUUAACCAGCUCAGUCCAGCAGAACAAAAUGUGGUUGCUCUUGUCGGAGUCUCUGAAAACUAUAUUGGGAAGAAGGCAUCAGGUCAAGCUAUCAAGAAGACGGUGGACAAGAACAUAGUGAAUAGACUAUACCUGUCUUUUGUUCUUUAUGCCUUGCUCAAAGAGACCAGCAUUUGGAGUGUGUCUGAAAAAUUCAAUAUGCCUCGAGGAUAUAUACAAAGUCUUCUCACUGCAGCUGCCACCUUCUCAUGUUGUGUGUUACAUUUCUGUGAGGAACUUGAGGAGUUUUGGGUUUAUAAAGCCCUUUUGGUAGAACUUACCAAGAAACUGACCUACUGUGUAAAGGCAGAACUAAUCCCUCUCAUGGAAGUGACUGGAGUUUUAGAGGGUCGGGCAAAACAGUUAUACAAUGCAGGUUAUAAAAGUCUAGCACACUUAGCUAAUGCAAAUCCUGAAGUGCUAAUAAAGACAAUUGAUCAUUUAUCAAGACGCCAGGCCAAGCAAAUUGUUUCAUCAGCAAAGAUGCUGUUGCAUGAAAAAGCAGAGGCUUUGCAAGGAGAAGUAGAAGAGCUAUUGAGAUUACCUGCUGAUUUCCCUCCUGUUGAAAAGGCAUGAAGUGUGUCUGAUGAGCAUUGUCAAAUAUGAAUGACUUCUCUUUUUAUGAAUUAUUUCUUGUAUAUAUGUUUUAUUAAAGAUUCCUUAUUAUUUAUACAUGAAAA